UUUCCUCUUCUCUCAGGCUAACGGCUACCUGCUCCUGCUAAACACCGGCAUAUUCAUCUGAUUGUGGAUGUCCAACAAAACCACAUAGGACAAGCUGGGCGCAGUUUGUGGCAAGGACAUAUCAGUAUCGAUACGGCUGUUCUUUAAUGUUCAUGUUUAGCAGGAAAAGUGUGCCGGGGGCUCUACAUAAAAAUGAAUAGAUACAUGCCCAGCCUGAUGAUGGAGAGAGGAAGCCAACCGCUGCCUGUCUUGGAGGACGACUUAAGCAGAGACUUGAUGAACGCCGGCCGGUUUUGCUUUAGCUGUGAGCAGAUAUUUGCAAAUCGAAAAUUUCUGGAGGAACACAUGUGUCCUGCUGCAAGUCACAUCUGCUCCUGUGGGACUGAGUUUACUGUAUAUGAAGACAUGCUGGAGCACAGCACUACACAUGAACCUGGACACCAAGUGCUUGAUCAUGAAACAAUAAGGAAGCGCAGAAUUGAAAAGCGCAUAGAAGAAGAGGAAAAGUUGAAAAGACUACAGUCAGGUGAAGUUGUCUGGAAGGCGCCAAAAGUGGACAGUCUGCCGCCAGUGAAGCCUGUGCUGCAGGUGCCCCUUACAUCAGCUCUUAGGCCACAAAACUCCAUGCAUUCUGCGCAGAUUGCACAAAUAACAAAAGUGCCUGCGUUGUACCCGUCUUUGCUCCCAAAUCCUGUCCCAUGUGAAACAGACAUGCAGAAUAUUUUUGCAAGUGUUGGUGCACCAACAGUGGAUCUUUGGACACUUUACCAGCCAGUGGUGGUGUUGCAAACUGUGCGUAAAUUUAACAAGAAAAAGCCAUACACCUGCGGUAAAUGUGGGGAGUGUUUUAUGACGAAGAACUCUCUUAUCGCCCACAACAGCUCUCAUGUUACAGAUAAGGUUUCUGGAUGUAUAGGAUGUGGCCUGCUGCUCUCCAGCAAGAAGUUAGUGCCUCGCUUCCAUGUUUGUAACUCACCCAGCACAGCUACCAAAUUCAGACUCAUCACUGCGAGACCACUGACUCUUAACAAGCUAAAUGAAGCCAGUACAAAUAGGAGUCCGAAUCCCAGUGCUCAAAGGCUUAAUGCAACUUCCUCCCUAUACUUGAACAGCAAGAAUCCCAAUGAAACUAGUAAAGACAGUCAGGCGCUUCGUGUCCCUUCUGCUUUGCAAAUUAAAAAUCAGAAUUUCAAGACAUUCAAUAAAAGCAUUCAGGGUAUUCAUAAUAGCCCAUCCUUUCAGUUAAAGAAUUCCAGUGCAUCCAGGCCUUAUCUUGUCUCCCUUCCAUCGAAGAGUCAGAGUCCAAAUCUCAUUGCACCCAAUAGAAGCAGUUUGGGACGUGCUGACAUUCCCUAUGUGCAGCUGAAGAUGCCCACAAACUCUUCACCAGGUGCACUGAGCAAACGGAUGCAGACAUCCUCUGCAGUACUAAAUAGGUUCAUGUGCCGAGUCUGUCACAUUUCUUUUGAAACUGCUCAGCUGCUUCAGAGGCACAAGUGUGUCAAAGCAAAAGAGUUUAUGGCACAACACAGCCGAGCUGGCAAACCAUUAUACAGACCAAACAGGAUGACACCAAUGGCAAGCCCAGAUCUUGUUCAGGUCAACGGUGAGAGAAAACUUGGAGUUCCAGCUUCUGGUAACAUAAAGAAAAACCAAGUCAUGGCUGUUGGUUUGGACAAAGGGCAAGGUGUGGUUCCUUUAAAUGUGAAAACAGCAGUGGAUUUGGAAGAUGAUUGUUACAUCGUUGAAAGUGGAACAGACAAACCUGCUGAGAUGAUUUACCAAGUAACAUCAUCUGUUCCUAUUAAGACUUGACCAAACUGGAAAUGCACACCCAGUUUGCAUGUCACAGAUUAUGUUUGUUAUGGACCAAGUGCAUAUAGGUGGCAAUCUGACUCAACAUCCUCUGCUUGUUUAGGUUCAUUCCACAGGAAAGCAAUGUUUCCUGUCUUCCUCUAAACUACUACUAUAAAAUAUAUAUCAGUGUAGGAUGGGUAGUACAUCUUUAAUUAAGCUGGAUUUCUUUUGUCAGUACAGUAAACAGUCCAAAAUGAAAGUCCCAAAGUCUGAAUUCAGUACAUUGUACCUGUGUAUU